AUGGCAUCUCGAACAAAUAAGACUUUCGCCAUCCAGGAUCUCCCUCCGGAGCUGGUCGACUUGACCGCUUCCUUCCUGAAUCGCACAGACGUUACAUCGUUGCGCCAGACAUGCCACUAUGUCAACAACAGCACCAUCCCCUCCUUCGCCCGCAAGACGCUGACCAACAUCGAAACCGACCUCUCGGGCAAGGAGCUGGAGUACUUUGAGAACCUGGCUAAGGAUUCCCGGCUCGCGCCCUACGUGAAGAAGGUUUUCAUCAAGAAAGCGUCGAGCAAGACCAAUGAGCUUGGGAAAGGGAGUGUCUGGGAGCGCGAAACGAAGGGUUGCCUUAUCAUGCAGCAGUCGGUCGUGCAGAGGUGGUAUGAUGCCUUCCAAUCCCUUCCCAACUGUCAAUAUUUCCACUUCUUUAAGUUCCGCGAUGAGAGUGACAAGGUGACGGAGCCGCUGACCCUUGGUGAUGCCAUCACCAUGUUUCUCACCUUUUGUGCUAAGCUGGACAGGCCGAUUAUGGAGUUCCAUAUCAUGAACAUUGGCACACACUCUGGUGACGAGGCUGCGGAUGUCCUCGACCUCCGCGGCCUCUCGAUGGACCCGGUCCUGAUGCCCGGGUUCAAGAAGGUAUGGUCUACCGUUGAAAACCUGACACUCGGCCACAAGCUCGUGAAGUCGUCUUCGGUGCCCGGUGCAGACUUUGAUCUGGCACUCCUCCAGAACACUUCCCGACUCAAGGAACUAACGAUCAACCUCGAAGGCGAUGGCGGCGCGGGCAUGUUUGCUCGUCUGGCCGCUAUCGACCACUCAUUCCAGCUGGAAACCCUCAGCAUCCAGGAUACCUUUGGCAUCCGCGGUGAGGACCUCCGCGCGUUCCUCGCCCAGCACCGCUCAACCCUGCAGGAGCUCAAGUUCAAUUUUACGAACUUGAAACAGGACGGCUGGAAGGAUACCCUGUUUUUCCUGGCCGAGACAUCUUUCCCCAAGCUCAAGAGUCUCAUGAUGUUUUAUAUUUCGGAGGGCUCGCCUACCGAUACGCACUAUAUAGAGUUCCCAGGUCUUGAGGACCGCGCCGCGGUCGUUGAUGACGGGACAAGCUCCAGCAUCAACACCGUGAAUACGGGUGUGUGGGAUGGGCCGACCAGGCCGGUUUAUGCGAAGUACGAGGGGCCGAAGAUGAACGUUGCCUGUCGGAAGUUGGCUGCUGCGGCGGCGAUCUUUUCGCCGUAUGAUUGA